AUGCCUAUUGUCAACGUCACCUAUCCUCUCCCCCCAGGCAAGAUGGACCAAGCCCAGGACUUCAACUUGCGCGGCAGGGCUGCGCUUUAUUGCGGAAGGCGCUCGACCGCAGAGGAAGCCGAGCUGAUACCGCAAGAAGACUAUCGCUUCCCUUACCACAAGCUCAAACGAACCCUGGUGGAUGAGAGCAAGACUCCCUUGGUUCUGGUGGCGUGCGGCUCGUUUUCGCCUAUGGCAUCCGAUUUUGUGCGAUUCAACACCGACUUUGAAGUCUCUGGGGGUUAUCUAUCCCCUGUGAGUGAUGGGUACAAGAAAGUUGGCCUUGCUGCAGGCUAUCACCGAGUCAACAUGUGCGUAGCAGCGAUUGAGCAGUCGUCAUGGUUGAUGGUCGACCCGUUUGAAACUUCCGUUCGGAAUUCCAAGGGGGAGCCUCAGUACGUUCCGACAGCCUGUGUGCUUGCGCACAUCGACCACGAAAUCAACGAUGUGCUUGGAGGUGUCAGCGGAAAGCGGGCUAGGAUCUGUUUGCUGGCGGGCUCUGACCUCAUCCAAACCAUGAGCACCCCGAAUUUGUGGUCCUCUGCCGACCUCGACAUCAUUCUGAGCCACUAUGGUUGCUUUAUUAUCGAGCGCUCCGGAACAGAUAUCGAGGAGGCUCUUGCAGCGUUGCGGCAAUAUGAGGACAACAUCUGGCUUAUUAGCCAGGUGGUCCAGAACAACAUUAGCUCGACCAAAGUCAGGCUCUUCCUGAAAAAGGGAUUGAGUGUCCGCUACCUAAUACCCGACCCAGUUGUUGCCUACAUCGAGGAACAUGGCUUGUUCCAAGAGGGCAGCCAGGAGAAUUCCAAGGGGGAGACUGCGGCAGGGGAUUCCCGCAAUUCCUCGAAUGCGCAACCAAGCAAACCUCGGUAA